AGUCAGUCGAAACUCGUCCUGAGCGAUUCAAUUAUUCUGUCUCAUGGCUUUGCAAAUAAAAAGGCUGUGGAAAACAACAAUGGACUUUUGAAAUAUGCAUCAUUUAAAGUGGUGGAAAUCUUAAAAUCAUAAUUAUUCAUCACGUUCUCUCUUUUUAUAAAAGGAUCACACAGGACCUGCACAUCUAAAUUUGGACUUUCGACAGAAUGAACAUCCUUAUCUCCUCACUGCUGGGUGUGGCUGCAUUUGUUCUCCAAGUUGCUACAGUGAUUGGGAAGGUCGGAGUGUCUGUGUGGCCUCGGGGGUCAAACAUCUACCUUGGUGAGUGUGUGUUGUUGCAGUGCACACUGGGGUCAAACUUCAGAUCUGUGCGGAGAUACCAAUGGUUCAGGCACAAUUCAUACACUGCUCCGACCCCAAACCCCAGGCACGUGGUCUCCGGUGACAGCUACUCCAUCACUGCGGUAACGAGGGAGGACGCGGGCAAGUAUUGGUGCCAAGCUGAUUGGUGGAAGGACAACACCACCCUUGUGGCAGUGCCCAGCAUGCCGACAGUGCUCAUUGUGUCAGAGCUGCCUCCUCCUUCUCUGACUCUGACUCCCAGCACCAGACAGAUCUUCAAAGGGGAGACUUUCCUUCUGCAGUGCCCUUACUCCUCAGGUUGGAAGAUGAUGCAGUUUUCUCUGGACAAAAAAGACUUGUACACUUCAAAUUGUCCAACACCAGGGGAUGCUGUUAGCAUAGACAAGUGUGAGUUCACUGUUGCCGGGAGGGAGAGCCAACUGUACUGGUGUGAGGACACUAAGAGUCGCAGCAACACAGUCAACAUCACAGCAAGCAAUGGUACCAUCAUCUUAAAGUCUCCUGCCUUUCCUGUAUUUGCAGGCAAUAAAGUGGUCUUGUAUUGUCAGUACAGGAUUGGCAACCACAGUAAUGCCACCUUCUUUAAAAACGGAAGAGAAAUCAUCGCUGAAACUUUUUUUUCCAGUUCAGACGGAGUAAUAGAGAUGACUAUUGAGAAUGUGACACUGGAAGAUGAAGGCUUAUACAAGUGUGCAUCCCAGGACAGAAAGAUGGAGAGCCCAGAGAGCUGGUUAUCAGUGAGACCUGCCCGAGGCAACUUCACAUCAACAGAUGGGACAGCAGCAUCCACUAUGGGCUCCUGGAAAUGGAUCAUUCUUUUUUGUGGAAUUGUACUUCUCUUCCUCAUCCUUCUAAGUGUUUGGCUAAUUUGUCACUACAGGUACCAGAGGUUUUGCACAAGUAGCUGUCUGGCACUUCCAAUAGAGAAUCUACCGGCAGUGGAGCUUCCUGCGACCAAGCAGGACGUGACAGAAGUGCAGUGGGACCUGUCCUGGAUGGAGAUGUCCAGUCUGUUGGAUAAGCAGUUAUAUCCUGGCACUUAAAGGAUCACUCUCACCUGAAGCAUAUAGAAAAUAAUGAAUGCAGUGAAACCUAUGAGACAGUUCAGCCACUUCAGAUAAUGCAAGUGUCUCUUACAAGUCUUUUUAAAUGUAAAGUCUUGCUUGGAACAUCCACACUGAUUUGUAAAAAUCUAAUGUCUGUCGAGAAAAGUCUGUUGACUGACCAUUGCUUACUUGUUAUUUAACUUUGUAUUAUUAUUUAUAAAUAUACACCGGUGUACACUGUUGUUGGGAUGCUAAAAACUCAUGCUGCCUUAACAAGAUACUCUCAAUCCUGAAAAAAAAGAAAUCAUGAAAAUGGUUCAAGUAGCUAUGACUCACCUGUCCCACUGUUUAGGAAAUGUAUUAAACAUUUAUGAAGUUCACAUUUUAGACAUAUGGUUUUAUGUAUUUGAUUGUACCUAACAGCCACCCUGACAUUUGCCAAAAUGUUUAAAAUCAAUUCUCAGACCUUCAUUAAAUUCUUCAAAGGAUUGAAAUUUACCUCACUGUCGUACUUCUGAAAUAUCAAUAUUUCAUUAAAUAUAGAUGUCCCUCUCUCGGGAACAGUUUGAAAGCAAAUAUAAUGUCAUCUAGUUUGUUAUAUGUCUUCAAGACUCAAUUGAAAAAACAUCUAAUUUACAGAGCCAAAUAGCACUUUUUUCCCCUUUCAAUUGCAAGUUCCUUCUUUUGUGUUCCCUCUAACUGCUCGUUAUUUUAGUUUAGUUUAGUUUUGUUGUUUUUGUCUGGUACAUAUGAACAGAUGAUUGAACUGUUUUGUAGACAGAUGCAAAACAACUAUAAAGAAACACAAAUAAGUACAAAGAGACCCAAAAUAACUACAAAGAGACAUAAAACAAAUACAACAAAUACAACAAAAAAGAGACAAAAAAGAACUAUGAACACUGGAGGGUAAUUGGGCCAAUUUUGGGUCCGAUUUGCCCCUCCCAACAACAGCAACAACGACUCUCGAGCCGAGGCUGGUCGGAAGCAAUUAUCAUCCAAAAUAAUUCUGUAGUGUGAGGGGUCGACUUUAGGUUACCGACUGGAUUGGAGGCACCCUGAUUUUGGGUCGUUACAACCGUAAAACUUUGAUUAACAGCACGGCUUUUAUUUGCUAACUGACUUGACCCUGCGUAUAUUUGGGACAGGCGUCCAUAUGGGACAGGCCUGUAAUUCCUCUUGCACAAGACUGAAAUAGGCUACGAUGAAACAGUUAAUUUAUUUAAACAGAUUAUUACUCAUAUAAAAAUUACCCAAUAUCAUCAAAUACAUGUCAUUAAAUUGAUCUAGCUCCAACAGACAGCUUAUGUGCUUUUAUUUUGAAGGCCGCAACAUAGCAAAAACAAACAGGGUGCAGGAUGAGAGAAGUGUGGUGUGUAUUGAUCAAACGUUUAAAAUUAAUAAUUGUUUUAAUGAUCUAAGCAGCUCAGGAGCAGCUAAUGCGGGCGACCCGGCGGGGUUUAAGAGGUUUUAUAGAUCCAAAGAACUUACUUAAAAACCAGACCAGGCGUUUAAUGGAGACCUGUGUUUAUAUGCUAAAAUGUGUUCCUAUACCAGGCCAGUAAAGGAGGUAGGUGGCUCUUUGGGACUCAGCUAUUAAUUAAAGUUUUACAAUAUUUACAAAUUGAAAUGGAGGUACAUCCGAUCAGAAACAGCCAAUGAGAGCAAGCUGACCAGGAAGCUUCACCAACCAGUUUACUUGUUCUAUAAAAAUGUAUAAACCAUGCUAAUUCCCUCUUUUCAGCCACAAGUUCAUCAGUUAAUGCAGUUUUAUUUUCUGUUUUUGUUUUUCUGUGCAAAACAUAGCCCACACAAAUGCAACUAGCUGAUGAGGACAGUCUGCCUCCAUGUUUGUUGAUGUCUGAAGUCACAUUUGAUCACGUGAGUUUUUGUGAGAUCCCAAGUCCCCAGAACCAGCAGAAACCGUUUAGUAUAAAUGGCAAGUAUGUGGUCCUGCGUCUUAACUGAAUCUGCUGGUAUGGGCGUUCUUAAGAUUCAAAUAUUAAAAAUCAGGUAAUUCUGUCGUCUGUAAUAUCCCACAUUUUUAAUAUUGGUUAAGAUUUGAAAAUCCUUUAGUGUGCAUCAGGCAUAGGUUUGUAGCGGCCGAGUCAUUUUGUAUCUGGGGGUCUUGCUCCUAUGACAUGUUGGGGGGUCCAUUGUCUCAUAAUCAGUCCAGGGUCACUCACUGGUCUCUGCGGUGCUGAUCUUGCAAUAUACUGUAUGAUGAAGUCAGAGCCUAGACAUCAAAUUUCAACUCAUAUAUAUAUUCUGCAUGCAGAUAAUAGUUUAUUCAACUUGAGUUGGCUGCCUGAAUGACAGGUUUAUAAUUUUACAAUCCACUGGACGCUAAUGUAGGCUCUGGAUUUAAAUGAUGCCAUUUCUUAACAAACCAUUAUGUAUCUGUCAGGAUAAUUACAACGGCAUGAUGCGCUGCAUGACUCAUCUUUGAAUAUACUAUAUUUUUGUAAUUUAAACGAAGCACAUUAUUGUGAAAUAAAUACAU